AUGCGACGACAUUCAGUAGAUCCCGAGAGCAUACGAAAACAGAUUAUCUCUGUGUUCACAACAUCAUCACGCAAACGUCAAAAUUCAACGACGACGAGCACAACAAAUACAGGAAUUCUAGGUUUUGCUCGACGCACACGACGGUUCAGUGUACCUGACAAGAAACACUUGCAUGUAUCCUGUCCUAAUGCCGAACUUCAUACGAUUGACGAGCUUAAAAAUGCAUCGGCUGAUUAA